GCAGUUUGGCAAAAUAAAAUUUAAUUAAUACUUGGAAAUCGUGCAAGAAGGUGAAAAUAAGAAUUGGCACAAAGAAGAUCGAAGUCGAAAUGAAGUUUGGUAUUGCAGUGCUUGUCGCCUUGGUGUUUUGUUUGUCUCCAUCAGUGUAUGGUGCAGAGAGCGAUGUGGUUCGAGUUUUUGACCACAAGCUGCGUGUGACUGAGGAAGAAAUGGAGGAAUACUUGGAGAAGGCAGAUCUGGAAAGGCACGGAUUUAUAAAAACCAUCGAGAAUUCUACCACAACAGAUGAGUUUGGGAGAAAACGAAGAAAGACAACGAUUUAUUACAAAGUCACCUGUGAUUGCUCCGAGGUUGAACGCUGGGAAAGAAUUUUAGAACAACGUUUGCCCAAGAAGCUGAAAAGAUUGGACAUUUUUAAAACCACCGUGAAUGAAGUGAAAAGUCGCAUCACAGGUCGCAAGACAGAGAGCUGCACAGUUGGUCUAGAAAUACAUUUAGGUCGAUGUUUGAAGAAAAGUCAGAAAGAAAAAGUAGGCAAGCGAGCUGCGGCUAAGCGCUGCGGCUGGUGGUCCAAGUGCUGCGGUUGUACAGUAUGUAACAGUGCUUCCAUUGUUUACUCUGACUAA